AUGCGCGUCUCACGCCUCGCGUCCUUGCUCCCGCUCGCCGGGGCUAUCAACCCUAACUCCGGUGGGCUCGAUGGUCCACAACCAAAGCGCGUCGCCAUCAUAGGUGCAGGAGCUGGCGGUGCCUCUGCAGCCUACCACCUUGCGCAAUAUGCCUCCAAUGCAUCCAUCCCUCUCCAAAUCACCGUCUACGAACGCAACAACUACGUCGGCGGUCGCACCACCACAGUCUCACCAUGGGAUAGCCCAUCCCUUUCCGUUGAACUUGGAGGCUCCAUCUUCGUCGACGCAAACCUCAUCAUGGUCGGAGCGGCGCAGCGCUUCAACCUCACCACCGACUCUCAUGACCUAGCCACACAACUCGCCCUGCCCGACCUAGGAAUAUGGAAUGGAGAUGAAUUCGUCAUAGUAACAAAAGCCGAUAACUCGUGGUGGGACACGGCGAAGUUGUUGUGGCGGUAUGGAACUGCGCCAUUAUGGACGAAUAGGCUGAUGAAGAAUGCGGUGGGCAAGUUCUUGACCAUGUAUGAGGAGCCGGUGUUUCCAUGGAGAAGUUUGAGUGAUGUUGUGCAACAAGUGGGGCUAUUGGAGGCGACGGGCGUGACUGGGGAGCAGUAUCUCAAGACUAAUGGGAUCGGGGAGGCGUUUGCCAAGGAGGUUGUGCAGGCAAGCACACGCGUAAACUAUGCCUCAAACCUCCCCUACAUCCACGGUCUCGAAACAAUGGUCUGUAUGGCCACCAACGGCGCCACAUCUAUCGAAGGUGGAAACUGGCAGAUCUUCGCACACAUGCUCGCCGAGUCGUCUGCUUCCCUGCACCUCAAUACCAGCGUCUCGAGUAUCUCCAAGCAGUCAGACUCAACCUACAAACUCACCACAUCUUCUGGGCAAACCGAAACGUUCGACCAAGUUAUCCUCGCAGCACCCUUUCAGUACACAAACCUCACCAUCGCCCCCGCACCCAAGCAUACACCGGAAGAGAUCUCCUAUACAAAGCUAUAUACCACUCUCUUCGCGUCACCGCAUCGCUUGGACCCCAAGGCGUUCAACAUGGACCCCGGCGCAGCUGUCCCACAAUACGUCCUCACCACCCUCCCACCCAACGAAACCCCCACCGACUCCGCGGGCUCCCCUUCCUUCUUCUCCAUCUCCGUCUCUUCCUUCUCUGUAAACCCGCUCUCCUCUCCUCCACGACCCGAAUACAUUUACAAAAUCUUCUCCCCCAACCCCGUCAACUCUACCUUCCUCUCGCACAUACUCGGCGUUCCAGUAACCAAAGAAGAAGGCGAGAAUGGCGAGGCAGACGGUGCGGUCAGCUGGAUCAAACACAAAUUGUGGCAUUCGUAUCCACGGGAGUACCCCAGGGUGACGUUUGAAGAGCUGGAGUUGGAUGAGGGUUUAUGGUAUACCAGCGGCAUCGAGAGUUUCAUCAGUACGAUGGAGACGAGCGCUCUGAGUGGCAAGAACGUGGCGAGGUUGGUUCGGGAUGCGUUGAUUACGGGGAAGCAGAGGGUCAGUAUAAAGGACCAGAUGUGGGAGCAGCAAAACCAGAUAUUGCUCUAA